UGGAUAUUUGCUCAUUUGUUAUCAUCUUUCCUUUUUCUUCUCUCUUUUUACUCCUUCCUUGGAUGUAUUCCAUUCAAUGAAUAAUUAUCUCACCUCGUCGUUCAUUAUUAUCUCACCUUUCUUCGUUUUUUCAAUCCUGCUUGGAAGCUCCAUGUCCAGUUUUUUGAGGUUGAAAAAUGGUGUUUAUUGCAGGAAGGAGGUUUUGGAACUUGAAUCAUUGCAGUUUUCGAAUUCAGAAGCUUAACGAGGUCCGUUCAGGAAAGUACCGAAUCCAUUGGUUUUGAUAAAUUAGGAGAUCUGAGAAUCAGGAUUCCAAGUAUUGGAAUCGAUCGUGUUGAUUGAUCUCUCGCAUUGAGUUUUAGGGCUGUAAAAUCGAACAAUCGGUUUACUUCUGAUUUGCUCGAUGUUCUUCUUCUGAAUACGAUCAUGGAGAAUAGUUCCAAAGAAAUAUCGUUAGAGAAGCAGAAAAGCUUUAAAGGAUUGAUGGAGAAGCAGAAGAGCUUUCGGAUGGUUAUGGAGAGGCAACUAAGUUUCAUGGGCGGCGAGAGGAAGAAAGCCAAGGAAUCGCCUGGGAAGCGUGGGGAUUCACCGCUUCACUUAGCAGCACGAGGUGGAAAUUUAGCGAGAGUCAAAGAGAUUCUUCAGAAUUGUGAGGAUAAAAACGAGUCAAAUUGUUUAUUGUCAAAGCAGAAUCAAGAAGGUGAGACUCCUCUUUAUGCAGCCGCUGAAAAUGGGCAUGACCUCGUCGUUGCAGAGAUGUCGAAAUAUUUGGACCUUGAGACUGCAUUUAUGGCUGCCAGAAAUGGAUUUGAUGCCUUCCACGUUGCUGCAAAGCAUGGCCAUCGCAAGGUGUUGCAGGAACUUCUUGAUGUAUUCCCCAACUUGGCCAUGACCACAGACUCGGUCAACUCAACCGCUUUGCAUACGGCAGCUAUGCAGGGGCACCUUGAUGUGGUAACUCUCCUCCUCGAAACGGACUCAGAACUUACUAUGAUAGCUCGAAACAAUGGUAAGACCGUCCUUCACUCAGCUGCCAGGAUGGGCCAUGUUGAAGUUGUAAAAUUGUUAGUAACCAAGGACCCAAGCCUCGGUUUUCGAACGGACAAAAAGGGCCAAACCCCAUUGCACAUGGCUGUAAAAGGGCAGAACGAGAGGAUUGUGAUGGAGUUACUAAGACCUGAUCCUUCAGUUUUGACUCUGGAAGAUAACAAGGGAAAUACCGCGUUACACAUUGCUGUAUCGAAGAGACGAACUGAGAAUAUUCGUUGCCUAAUAUCUGUUAAUGGUAUCAACAUCAAUGCCAUCAACAAGAAUGGAGAUACCCCACUAGACAUUGUGGAAAAAUUUGGAUCUUCAGAACUUGUAACCAUCUUGAAGGAAGCAGGGGCAGUCAAUUCCAAAGACCAGGGAAAACCCCCAAGUGCAGCCAAGCAACUUAAGCAAACAGUUAGUGACAUAAAGCAUGAUGUUGAAUCCCAACUACAACAGACCCGCCAAACUGGUUUUCGGGUUCAUAGAAUCGCUAAAAGGUUAAAGAAACUUCACAUUAGUGGCCUCAAUAAUGCCAUAAACUCUGCAACUGUUGUGGCUGUUCUCAUUGCAACUGUUGCUUUCGCGGCCAUAUUCACCGUACCCGGCCAGUUUGUCGAGCAGGAAACGAAAGGUCUUACUCUGGGACAAGCACAUAUUGCUACGAACGCAGCUUUCGUCGUUUUCAUGAUCUCCGACAGCUUGGCGUUGUUCAUUUCCCUGGCAGUUGUAGUCGUCCAGACAUCCGUGGUCGUGAUUGAACAGAAAGCAAAGAGACAGCUUGUUUUUGUGAUUAACAAGCUCAUGUGGUUGGCUUGUCUCUUCAUUUCAGUUGCCUUCAUUUCAAUCACAUAUGUAGUUGUUGGCUCAAACCACAAGUGGCUUGCCAUUAGUGCAACCGUGAUCGGUAGCACAAUAAUGCUUACAACAAUUGGCUCAAUGUGCUAUUGCGUCGUUCAACACAGGAUGGAGGAGUCGAAGUUGAGAAGUAUUAAGCGAGGCGAGAGCAGGUCUCGUUCUUAUUCCAUGUCGGUCGUAGCGUCCGAAUCGGAGUUGUUGAAUAACGAAUACAAAAGGAUGUAUGCUCUUUAAGAUGAUCGAUUGCCACUCAUACGAUUAAUCAAUAGGUGCCAGUCUUCAACAGCUAUGAAGCUGAAGACAUGCAACUAGGAACAUGGAUUAUGAUGUUUUAGCAUCAUGCUCAAAGAAAAGCAUAGCAUUGAGGAUAAUAAAUGCUAGAAAUUUGAUGCAGACCAUAUCCAGAUAUUAGAAGAGUAUGGUAACAGAUCAGUUAUGAAUAUGUAUAUGCAUAUCGACCAUUGCAAGAUGACGAUGGUGUUGAGACCGGUGUCGUAGCCGGUCCAUGUAUUUGGCACAAGUACACGGUUGUAUUGGGCGCUGCAAGUGAUCGAUACCCCAUCGUCAUGUACUCGGUUUGUAGAUAUUCCAUUGAAUCUUCAUACCAUCCCAUCUCGUACUGGUUUUAUAGAUGUCUAAAUAUGUUUCCUGGAUGCCUGAAUAUCACUUUUCACAACAGGGAGCAUUUUUUUUCUUCCCUAUUA